UGGGGUAGACCCGCCAUGCGUUGGGGGUUCCGCCGUCACGGGCCCGGGGCGACGGCCAUGGCUGCAGCCCGGCGAUGGUGGGGGCCGCCCCGCUUUCCCCGCAGCCCCGGGUGACGAGGGACGACCCGGAGGCUUGUGGUGCGUUCAGUGUCCGGGGCCAACAGCCAGCAGACGAACCUCCAGAACGGCAGGUACCGGGACACGGUGCUGCUGCCGCAGACCAGCUUCCCCAUGAAGCUGCUGGGUCGCCAGCAGCCGGACACAGAGCUGGAGAUCCAGCAGAAAUGUGGAUUUUCAGAGCUUUAUUCAUGGCAAAGAGAAAGAAAAGCAAAGACAGAAUUUUGUCUCCAUGAUGGACCUCCUUAUGUAAAUGGUGACCUGCACGUGGGACAUGCUUUGAAUAAGAUUUUGAAAGACAUAGCCAAUCGGUACCAUAUGAUGAGAGGUUCCAAAAUACAUUUUGUGCCAGGCUGGGAUUGUCAUGGGUUGCCCAUUGAAAUUAAAGUGUUAUCAGAACUUGGUGGAAAAGCUCAGAAUCUUUCAGCUAUGGAAAUUCGAGACAAAGCUAGAUCAUCUGCUAAGGCAGCCAUUGAAAAACAGAAAUCAGCAUUUAUUCGUUGGGGAAUAAUGGCGGACUGGAAUAAUUGCUACUACACCUAUGAUGCAAAAUAUGAAGCUAAACAGUUGAAAAUUUUUUACCAAAUGUAUGAUAAGGGCUUGGUUUAUCGAUCUUACAAACCUGUGUUUUGGUCUCCCUCAUCAAGGACUGCUUUGGCUGAAGCAGAACUUGAAUAUAAUCCAGAGCAUGUUAGCCGUUCAAUCUAUGUCAAGUUCCCGCUCCUGAAACCUCCCCCUAAGCUGGCCUCUCUUAUAGGGGAUAGUUCCUCUCCUGUUAGUUUUUUAAUUUGGACCACCCAACCCUGGACAAUUCCAGCUAAUGAGGCCAUUUGUUAUAUGCCCGAGUCAAAGUAUGAGCUUGUGAAGUGUUCCGAUUCUGGAGACCUCUACAUACUGGCCGCAGAUAAAGUAGCAUCUGUUGCUUCGACUUUGGAAACAACAUUUGCAGUUAUUUCAACGUUCUCAGGUGGAGAUUUAGAAAGUGGCUCCUGUAGUCAUCCUUUGAUUCCUGAUAAAGUCUCUCCCCUUUUACCUGCCAAUCAUGUCACCAUGGCAAAAGGAACAGGAUUGGUCCACACAGCCCCAGCACAUGGCUUGGAGGAUUAUGGUGAAGCGUCUCAGCACAAUCUGCCCAUGGAUUGUUUAGUGAAUGAAGAUGGAAUUUUCACAGAUGAUGCAGGUCCUGACCUUCGAGACAAAUCUGUCCUUGAAGAAGGAACCGAUGUGGUUAUAAAGAUGCUUCAGACCACGAAGAAUUUGUUGAAAGAAGAAAAAUUGGUACACAGCUAUCCUUAUGACUGGAGAACUAAGAAACCAGUGGUUAUUCGUGCCAGCAAACAGUGGUUUAUAAAUAUUUCGGACAUUAAGACUACAGCCAAGGAAUUGCUGAAAACAGUGAAAUUUAUUCCUGGAUCAGCACUGAAUGCCAUGGUUGAAAUGAUGGACAGGCAGCCAUAUUGGUGUAUAUCAAGACAAAGAGUGUGGGGUGUUCCAAUUCCUGUGUUCCAUCAUAAGACAAAGGAUGAAUACCUGAUCAACAGCCAAACCAUGGAGCACAUUGUGAAACUGGUGGAGCAACACGGCAGUGACAUCUGGUGGACUCUUCCCCCUGAGCAGCUGCUUCCGAAAGAGGUGUUAUCUCAGGUGAACUCCCCUGUGUUCAACAGCCUUUCUUUGUUUCACUGCUGA